CGUAGCGUCUAAAUCGCGUUUCGUUUCGCGCCGUUUCCGUUUACCGUCGUGAACGACAUUUCGAGUCGUCGUAACGUUCGAAAGUAAAUAUCUCAUUGUUCCCGUUUCAAAAUGGCGAAUUCGGGUCUGUUAUUUCUCGGGCUUUGAGGCCUCGGUGGGUUUUUGGUGCGGGAUAUCGGUAAGGUGGCGGGCGACGGCGCGGCGGCCCGCCCGGCUCAGUGCUAGCGCCGGUGGAGGUUGACGACCUAUCGAUUUUUUUGUCUGCGACCUCUCGUUGGCGGGCGGGCCGGUGUCUGGUGGCGGCGAAGGUGCGAGGGUGGCAGCUCGACUCGGCGGAGGCGCCAGCGCGCUUGCACUGCGCGCCCCAAGCGGCGACUCCGCCGCGUCAUCGUCAGCUGACGCGCCAGCACCAUGGCAGAAUAUCAUGGUCAAGGCAUGGACGCGGGUGGGAAUAAUUUUGACUCCGGUCAACAGCCACAGGAGCAGGAGUUGGCGACAAAAAUGUUGCAGAUACAGUCAAAGAGAUUUUAUCUCGACGUGAAGCAGAAUCGCCGCGGACGGUUUAUCAAAGUUGCAGAGAUCGGCGCAGAUGGUCGCCGUAGUCAGAUCUUCCUGGCGAUGUCGACAGCGGCGGAGUUCCGCGACCACUUGUCCAGUUUCAGUGAUUUCUACUCGUCACUCGGGCCGCCCAACCCGGAGAGCGUUCCCGACGACGGCAAGCUCAAGUCUGAGAUGAUGCUCAAGGACAACCGGCGGUACUACUUGGACCUGAAGGAGAACUCCCGCGGCCGCUUCCUGCGCGUGUCGCAGACGAUCACCCGCGGCGGGCCGCGCUCGCAGGUGGCGCUGCCGGCGCAGGGCAUGAUCGAGUUCCGCGACGCGCUCACCGACCUGCUCGACGACUUCGGCACCGACGACGGCGGAUUCAAGGGCGAGUUGCCCGAGGGGCGGCACCUGCGCGUCGACAACAAGAACUUCUACUUCGACAUCGGGCAGAACAACCGCGGCAUCUACAUGAAAGUCAGCGAGGUGGUACCAUCGUUGCAAGUGAAGAGCAACUUCCGCACCGCGAUCACGGUCCCCGAGAAGUGCUGGACGCGCUUCCGGGACAUCCUCGCCGACUACUGCGACAAGAUGAACCGCGCGCACGCCGAGCCCGCCGACCACCACCAGGGCGCGCCGCCCGCCGCGCGCGCCGCCAGCGCGCCCGACCGCGCGCCCGCCCGCGACGAGGCGUUCUCGGGCAGCGCGCCUCGGAUUUGAUGCGUCCCGCAGUGACGCUACCCCACUGUACAUAGCCUGCCCUACACAUACAGCCCGCCGCGGGCCCCGCGACGGGACGAGGCCCCCUCGUAGCUCUACUUCGUCGAUAUCGUUUGUUCAGUAGUCGGUCUGUCUGUUGCGUCGUGUGCGAGCACGGAGCGGCCACCGGGUGCUUACAAGCGCGUAUUACGUCCGCCGCGCCCCGCCGCGUGGCGUCUGCUGUGAUAUACUCGUAGGCGAGCGGGGCGGCCGCACGUUUUCAGUUGCAGGUAGCCUCGAUUUCAAUUACGCCGAGUACCGUGCUAUACUUUUGGGAGGGCUCCGAACUCCCAGUGAUUGGCGAGUCGGCGCGUUUUGUCCGACAAAUUUAAAGAGAAUUUAGACUUGUAAAAUUUAAUUAACGCUUCGUGAAGACGUAAAUGUCUAUAAAUAUUUUGGUAUAAUUAUUUGAAAUUCAAAAUUUCGUACAUUUGUCUGUUCGAGAGUAAUAAAAUUGAAAAGACAAUGCAAGGUAUAGUUUUAACGGCUCGGCGGUGCCGUGCCGAGCCGAGUGUGGCGGCUGCUCCGUCGGGUAGGUUAAGUUGGGUUUGUAAGCACCCCGGGUGGGCCGACGCGCUGCGCUGGAACUAUGACAUCGGAAUACAUUCGCUUCUUAAGUUGGACCGCUAAAACAUAUUCUUUGUGAAAAUUAACACCAGUGUUGCUAUUAUUUAGUUAUUAAGUAUUACCAGAAUAAAAAUGAUAUAUGUAUAGUAAUCAUACAAUUAAAACUAAGUUCGCUAUCGGCAAUAUACGAGCUGUUAAGUACUAUCGAUGAUAUUUUACGAAUGAUUUCAUUGUAUUGUUUGGUACACUUUGUUCUAGACCGAGGAACCUAGACUUAAGCGCUUAUUGAAAAUAGUUUAUAAGAUAUAUUGUUAAUGAAAAACUGGCAAGUUAUUUUUAUAAUCUCGUUGGACAGAUUAAAGAAAUAAUUGGUUAGUGAUUUUAUCAGUGAAUAGUUCCAGAGCAAGCGAGCGGCGAGCGAGAGUGUGCGUGUGUAUAUAUAUAUAUAUAUAUGUGUGUGUGCGUGUGCGUGUCGUGUGCGUGCGGGCGCCUUCCCCCCCCCCCUUACAUUAUUUAUGCAUUUUUAUUUACUAUCAUUCGAAUCAUAACUAGACUCGUAUCGUUGCAUCACUCCCCGAGACUUCGCCGUCUUCAGCUUCUCGCUCGAACGAGUCGUACCCUUCUUAACUUUUUGUACACCUCUUUAAUUAAUAAUAAAAAAAAUAUACAAAAAUACAGCAAAAAAAGGUUUAGGCUGUUAAGUGUUUUACGAUAAGUAGGUAGUACGUUACUAAUACACUAAGGUCGUCGUCGUUACGUUCCCGCGCUUCGCUUCGUAUAGUACGCUGUACACUGGCCAGCGGCCGACCUUGUCAGUUGCCACACAUCGAUAUAGUUUAAAGCGUAAUGUAAAUAUAUUGCACGACCGCGACCGCGGCUGCUGGCGUGCCGGCUGGCAGCCCGCCGCGGGCCCCUUCGCUUCCUGUUCUCGUUAUCUGUACAGUGCGUGAUCCACACGACACAAAACUUCAUAAACGAAGCGCGCCGGAAGCUGAUCCCUAUUAUAUACGUAUUAUGGUUCAUUUUUCGACACACUCGUUUAUGGGAAUUUGUUCCUCAGUGAAUAUUACUUAUGAGAUGUAUAUUUAUUUUAGCAAUAGUUUUACUCUAUCAUCGAAAUACCGAUUGCCGUGUUACGAUACAUGAAGUACACCUCGAGAAAGAUAUAUCAUUGUUUUUAUAUAGAUACUCUGUCCCGAUAGCAGCUAUUAUAUAUGUACUAGGUUGCAUAGAUUACUCGCUCUGUAAGCCGUAGAGAUAAUUAUAUUUUCGGUCUGUUUUUUUAUUCUGUAACUAGAGACAAUCGCAAUACAUAUUACAUUAACUCCCAUUCCAAGAUGUUUUCGACGGUAUCGUAAUCUUUAAGUCGUAAAAUAUUAGUCGCCCCCCACACGAGUGACCCCGCCCCGGCGGCAGGGCCGCUCGGGCGCCGGGCCGACGUAGUGUGUCGUCGCCCUAACGGACAUAGUUAGCAGUCUGAAACGACCCCCAGCUAGGUUAAUUUACAGUACAUUUUUCCUCGACCCCUAAAAUAGAGUUCGAUAAGUUGGUGACGUCCGAUAACGUUAAAAUAUAGAAAAAAAGUAAAAAAAUACAUAUUUAAAUGACUUCUCUAUACGAAUAAAUAAUAGUCUAUCCGGAGCCGGAGCGGCGCGUCGUGUAUCGUAAGUUAGGGUAGUCCGGUGCGCGACUGUUCGAGUCGCCCGCUGCACUCAGGGAUACUGGCUUAAUUUUAACAACAAUUUAUGGUACAAAAUGUAAUUUUAGUUCCAUAGACGUUUAAGAUUUACAGAGUUUAUAUUUAGAGGAUCGAACGAUCGCCGGCGGUCGGUCGGAUAUAAUUAUGAAUAAUAUAUGUACGAAGAUAUGAGAUGUUAAUGUUAAAAUAGGAUCUACGUCGUGAAGCUAGUUAACGCGUGAGUCUAAUACGUCGGCGACGGGCAGCAGUGUGCGUGGUGGGUGAGGCUCGGGACUGUUCUGUGGCCGGCGCCGAGUGCUCGAAGCUGCCUCCUGUGAUACCUCGUCUCGUCUCUUACUCGCAUCGCUUUACCGAGAACUGACUCUCGCGAGAUCUCCGCGUGCUAGAGGGAGGAACUGCUCGUAGAGAUGGAAUGAGAUUUUUAAUUUAACAAUUUCUGUAAAGUCCCAUCGAAAUGAUAGUAAUUACUUUUUAUAAUUAAUUUUAUCUGUGAUCGUCUCGCGAACGACAUCUUUAUUUACAAAUACUCUCAUUUUACAUUUUUAUUAACAAAUGUUUUUAUAUAAAGCCUCAUUUUCUGAACAAAUCGAAUUGAUCCAUAUCUCCCGACAAUCUUCCCUUACACACGGAUGCAACCGGAUACCGAGAUCUCGCUUGAAGCAUUUCUAAUAAUUCAUUGCGGCUCCCAAAGUCCACGUCUUCCUCUACGUCCCCACACUGUUUUCUGAAGGCGUAGCCCCGUCACCAGUGACUUGUACGAGAACAAACGUCAUACGUCACGUCGACGGUCCCAUUCAUUCGAUUGACGGUCUGUUAAUGUUAACACAUUACAAUUAAUUUUAAUACGCUUGAAUAAAUGCGAUUAAUAAUGCGAUUGCUGUGCGAAGUAGAUAUUUUAAUGAGAGUUUGUCGAAUGAAUCGAGUAGCUCAGGCGAUAAUACCGAGUGACUGCGGUGUAGUCCUUGUAGAACGUGACUUUGCGAGCCGCCGCCAGCCGGCAGGUGUGUGUGAAGUGAUAGUCAAUUAUUAUAAUAUUCAUUAACAUUCGCUUCGUCGACGUCAGACUAACGAGUGAAAAGAUUUUAAUAAAAAGAGAAACUAUUUACACAACAGACGGAAUCGUUUUGGAAAUGAAGAACAGAAGAUACAAUAUGAGUUAUUUUGGAAGAAGUCCCCCCCCCCUCGGGCGCUCGCGUGUGACGUCGACGAGCCGCCGCUCCGCUCCCCGCGUUACAUACAUAGCACGUAAUAGAUACUGAUCGAUACUGGAAAAUAAAGAAAAAAUAAUAAAAAGAUUCAGAGUUAUUAUAAUAGUUCGUUAGUUUUAAUUAUAUUUCUGAUAUUGAUUGAUGUUUUGCUAAAAGAUAAUUUAUCAGUGCGUUACGUUUGGUGUCGCGCGAGCCGCUGCGCAUGCGCGAGUCGCGACAGCCUGACCUACUGCCGGUCCUAUUUGUUCACACUUAAGUAAUGUAAGGAAAUAUCUAUAUUCAUAUACGCCUAUCAUGAGUUAUCACCGUCUUGUCCAUUAUUUUAACGAAAUUCGAUGUUGUUUAAAAUAUAGAUGAUAUAUUUCCGAUCAGGCCACGUCAUUCACGUUCGCCAGCCACUACGAGUGACCUCAGAGUUAAUUCGAUUACAUUUAAGCAAUACCAGUACCUGAAAAUGAUAGAUAUGAAAAAUAUAAUAAACGGUAACGUUGGCUAGAUUCAAAACUGGAAUUAGAGCGGUGUCGAGCAUUCGCGCAGGAUAGUUCGCAGGAAUCAUUGUUGUAAGGUUAGUUACUUGGUUUGAGUUUUCAUUGUUACAUCAUCCGAUUGGCCGAAGGAACGGGCACCGACUUCCGGCAACGAGCCGGCACUCCGACGUUACACUUCUUCAUUCCGAGUCGGAGCUGCCGUCGGCCGGUCGCCGAGAUUGAGGUAAGGGAGUGCGGGUUAGGGUAAACGGUUGAAGGGAUCACAUGCGAGGUGAUAGAAGUUAGCCGUAGGAACGAAACGACUAACUGAGAUUGCUCGCCUGUACAGUUGUGUCGGAGUACGCUUACGGACGACUGUGUGUCGUAGACCUGCCGUCGACCUGUCGUCGACGACGCGGUGACCUCCAAACGGUGCCGUAGGGCACUCGUUUAGCGUCCAGGAGGUGCAGGCAACGACUUAAGUCUGUCUUUUAUAAUUGAUAACAUCGGUGUAUAAUUUGUUAGUAAGUGCUAAGUGUGUAUAGAUCGGGAGUUUUAUCCCGUCGCAUGCGCGUGAUCACGUCACGAGUGAUGCGUUAAAUAUCAUGGAUGUGAAGGUGAUGGUGAACGAAUACUGCCAAUCGAUUGUAGUUUAUAUUAAAUAAUGGAUAAUGAUUUGUAGAAUUAAACGAUUUCGAAAUAUUGUGUCCUAAAUAUUUCAUAUUUUAUGUAUAGUAUUGGUAUUUGCGGUGAUCCGGUCACUUCCGAUGGGCGCGAUCGAUCCGCGUGCGAUUGGGACGUGAUCGGUUACCAUGUAAAUGUUUUCCUUAGGGUGAGGACGAUGGAUACAAACUGUGUUCUGUAGUGUACCGAGCGACAGGGCGUUGUCUAGAUAGGUUUGCACUUAACGCGACGGCCAUCUUGUGCUCCGGGCUAGUAUUGCUUCAGUCGCCAUUUUAAUGAUCGUCGAGCUGGAGCGUAAAAUGGCCGCCGCGAAAAUUAGGCGUGAACUAUGUUCGCGAAAAGCUAAGUUGUAAAAAAAAAAUAGAAUGCAAUAUAAUUUGUGGUGUGAGGCAUGAAGAUGAUGGCAUAUUGGGUGUUGUGUAUGAAGAGGGGGAUGAUAUUUUGUGAUAUUGGAUGGCAGACUAUGGUUAUCUUAAAGACUUUGAAAUAGUUUUGUUCCAUCGAGUUUGGUUUUCUCUCUUUGGUAACACUGAAAGAUGAGAGAGCUAUCAAUAAAGAGUAUAGACUGGGCACCCAAUAUGUAGAGGAGUAGUUGGUAAUUUGAUAUCGUAAUGUACGGAACCGUGGGACUGACGUGACUCAUGUGAUGAGGAUAAAUUUUUUGGACUUUAAAAUUAUGAUUUCAAAAUUUUUUAAAUCGUGUCUAACACGAAUCGUUUGUCUUGAGACUGGUUCAGUUUGUGUUGGCGCAGGGAAGGGGGAAUAAAAUAAUAUUAUAAUGUUCCUUGAGGGAGAGCAAUAAAUUAAUAGUAGAGGUAUAGUGAUACUUCUGCCACGUUUAAAUCGAUGCUUUUAUUCCCCGUUCACCUGUCCCAGGCGCUCUUGUUACGUAAUGUGAAACCUCAUAAACGUGGAUAUCCGUCUCUGAGACUAAUUCCCUAUUAUCCAGAAAUUGUAAGCAAACGCUCGCAGUAAAACUUGGUCUCAAUAUUAUAUAGCUAGACUGAGACCAGAGGUAUCAGACUACGAAGCAAACGCGCCAGUGAGAUUUUGUAUCCAAAGAUUGCAAAGUGUGAUGAAUUUUCCUAUAGGUUUUUAUUGUAUUAUAAUGGUAUAUUAUAUACUUGUUAUUUUCUGUUGUUUGACACUAGCUACUAUUGAUAAUGUUUGGAACAUUGACAGAUCUCCCGAUCGAAUUAAUCAUUAUUAAAGCUGUUAUAAUUUUGUAUAUGUGAGUGAACAGUUUGUAAAGUGGAAGACACUAGAAUAUUCCUGAAGAGCUCACUCGUACUAACAUUAUUAACGAACAUUUUGAAGUAAUGAAAUUAUAUUAUUAAUUUAAUAUUGGAAUCGGCAUUUUUGUAUUAUUCAGGGGCCAGUGUCUGUCACUUUUUAUAUUUUACGUAUUUAUCGGAGUGAUAAGGGAAAUGUAAUCCGCGCACAAAUCAGAAAUGUCUUUUUGCAUCGGGCAAUAAAUUGUGGGUCGAAUGUUGCAAAGCAUUUUCGACCGUGAUUUGUGGGCGGAGAAUCGUUUGUAUUGGUUAGGAUGGCAGUCAAACUGCGGCGAUAUGGUGCUUGUGUGUACUUACGAUGGAUAUACUAUAUAUAAUUUCUAUAUUUCUGAAAAUAAAUCUUUACGCUUAUUUAUUUUUCUAAUAUGAGUGAAAUUCAAAAUUUCGGUAUAGAUACUAUGCCUUUGUUUAUAAUUUUCGUCUAACUAAGUUUUAUAAGGUAUAUUUGUGAACGUGACACUGUCAUUAUUCUUGAAAGUUUUUUUAAUAAAAUCAUGUUCUAAGAUUAACCCAUGAAACCAUUACUACGACAUUUGAUUAUUUCUGGAAUAGUGCCGUGUUGCGUGUGAGGAGCCAUCGUGACGUGAGUGGUGUGAUGUAUGUUAGUGAUAGCAAGCGGCCAUAAAGAUGAAGGGUAUCGCUCGACAUACACAAGGCGGAAUAUUGGUGCGCGACUGCGACGCGCGGUGUGCCGUAGGAAAGUUUUAUGAUAAAUGGUGAAAAAAUAAAGAAAUUACAAAAAAAAAC